UUCCUGGAUUUUUUAACGACGGCGAGGGCUCGGCGACGGUGGUGAUGAUGAUGGCGAUGAUGUUGAUGAUGAUGGAUGAUGGAUCGUGUGCUCCUGUUGGAUGAUGAUCUUUCCCACUUAAAAGAAGAGAAAGGAGGAGGAAGAAGAAGACGGGCGCUUCGUCUUCUUCGUACGUGCGCCAGCAUCUCCGGCCGUUCGCCUGGCACGUGCGAUCUUUGGCGGGCGAUUCUCUUUCUCUCCCUCUCUCUGUCUCCGUUCGUUGUCCAGUCGGAACCCUAGAGUCGCUCCGGAAAUCGGAUAAAGAAGGGAAAACCGGGGAGAUAAUCGGGAUAAGCUCAGAUACUCGCUGUCGCCUGGAAUGCGUGGAUAUUUUCCCUGGGGUUUUCGUGCAUUUUGGUGAUAUUUCGCGAUGUUGGCUCGUUUGGCGUUUCCGGAGCUCGCCGGAGUCGGGAAUGGUGGAAAUUGAGGCGAAUCUGGGGAUUUCGUGGCGGAGCCGUGGAUCUUGAGGGUUUUCUGGCGCUGCGAUCUUUGGGGUAUCGAUACGAUGGAGGGAGUUUCCGGCGGGGUGGUUCUUUAUAGGCCUCGACGGUUGUUUGCUGCGAGUGAAAGAUCUUCAAUCUGCGCACUGGAAUUGUGGUGAGGGGAAUGAGCGGGAUUUGGGCCGGAGCUGAUUGAUUGCGGAAGGGCGGAGACGGCGUUUUCUUGUUUCCGUGGCAGCCGCAGAUGGCCGAUCUCAGCAGGACUGGCCCUGUGGAGAGGGACGUCGAGCAGGCCAUAACUGCUCUAAAGAAAGGAGCAUAUUUGCUUAAAUAUGGCCGCAGGGGGAAGCCUAAAUUUUGCCCAUUCAGAUUGGCUAAUGACGAGUCUGUUUUGAUAUGGUACUCUGGUAAAGAAGAGAAGCAUCUUAAGCUGAACCAUGUAUCAAGAAUUGUCCCUGGGCAGCGAACAGCAAUAUUUCAAAGAUAUCCACGUCCAGAGAAGGAAUGCCAAUCGUUUUCUCUAAUAUAUAAUGACAGAUCACUGGAUUUGAUAUGCAAGGAUAAGGAUGAGACUGAAGUCUGGUUUGUUGGACUCAAAGCAUUGAUUUCUCGAACCCAUCAUCGCAAAUGGAGAACAGAUACAAGAAGUGAUGGGCUUUCCUCUGAUACAAACAGUCCAAGAACAUGCACUCAAAGAAGUUCACCAUUGAGCUCUCCUUUUGGUAGUGGAGAUAACUUGCAUAAGGAUGGCGAUGCACUCCGGCUUCAUAGUCCAUAUGGAAGCCCACCUAAGCAUGGUGCGGAUAAGACAUUCGCUGAUGUAAUCUUGUAUGCUGUGCCUCCUAAAGGAUUCUUUCCUUCAGAUUCUAUUGGUGGCUCUGCCCAUUCUCUGUCAUCUGGGGGUUCAGAUAGUAUCAAUGGACUUGUCAGGGGCACUGCAACUGACACAUUUAGAGUCAGCUUAUCAAGUGCUGUGAGCUCAUCAAGCCAAGGUUCUGGUCAUGAUGAUGGUGAUGCACUUGGGGACGUUUUUAUUUGGGGAGAAGGUACUGGAGAAGGGAUUUUGGGUGGUGGGAUCCACAAACUAGGAAGUUCUUCUGGCAUCAAACUAGAUGCUCUUCUACCAAAAGCUGUGGAAUCAGCUGUAAUGCUUGAUGUUCAAAAUAUAGCUUGUGGUGGCAAACAUGCUGCCUUAGUCACCAAACAAGGGGAAGUCUUCUCUUGGGGAGAGGAAUCUGGUGGUCGACUUGGGCAUGGUGUUGAUGCUGAUGCAUCACAUCCUAAGCUUGUAAGUGCUCUUAGCAGUAUGAAUGUUGAACUGGUAGCAUGUGGUGAAUAUCAUACAUGUGCAGUAACACUGUCUGGGGAUCUCUACACAUGGGGUAAUGGUACCCACAAUUUUGGACUGCUUGGACAUGGUAAUGAAGUGAGCCACUGGGUCCCAAAAAGGGUGAAUGGUCCUCUGGAAGGCAUACCUGUGUCAUCCAUUUCUUGUGGUCCUUGGCAUACAGCUGUUGUGACCUCUGCAGGGCAGUUGUUUACUUUUGGUGAUGGUACUUUUGGUGCUCUUGGUCAUGGAGACAGAAAAAGUGUGUCAGUACCACGAGAAGUGGAGUCCCUUAAAGGUCUGCGUACAGUUCGUGCUGCCUGUGGUGUUUGGCACACUGCUGCCGUUGUGGAGGUGAUGGUUGGAACUUCUAGUUCAAGCAAUUGUUCCUCUGGCAAGCUGUUUACCUGGGGUGAUGGUGAUAAGGGUAGGCUUGGGCAUGGCGACAAAGAAUCAAGGCUUGUGCCAACAUGUGUGGCAGCUCUUGUUGAGCCCAACUUUUGUCAAGUAGCUUGUGGCCAUAGCUUGACAGUUGCACUCACAACUGCUGGCCAUGUUUACACAAUGGGCAGUCCUGUUUAUGGCCAGCUGGGAAAUGCACAAUCUGACGGGAAGGUUCCAAAUCGUGUUGAAGGAAAGUUACAGAAAUGUUUUGUUGAAGAGAUAUCAUGUGGUGCUUAUCAUGUCGCAGUAUUAACAUCAAAAACAGAAGUUUAUACAUGGGGAAAAGGAGGAAAUGGGCGAUUGGGCCAUGGGGAUACAGAUGAUAGAAACUCUCCCUCUCUGGUUGAGGCCUUAAAAGACAAACAAGUUAAAAGUGUUGUUUGUGGCUCAAAUUUUACUGCAGCUAUUUGUUUACAUAAAUGGGUUUCUGGUGUUGAUCAAUCCAUGUGCUCUGGCUGUCGCCUUCCAUUUAACUUCAAAAGAAAACGGCAUAAUUGUUACAACUGUGGGCUUGUCUUUUGUAAUUCAUGCAGUAGUAAGAAAUCACUUAAAGCAUCUAUGGCCCCAAACCCAAAUAAGCCUUAUCGUGUUUGUGAUAACUGCUACAGUAAACUGAAGAAAGCUCUAGAUAAUGGUUUGACUUCACACCCAACAAUGAGUAGGAGAGGAAGCAUGCACAGUACCUAUAGUGAUGCAGUGGAGAAGGAAGAGAAGUUUGACUCUAGAUCUCAAGGGCAGGUCUCACGAUUCUCUUCCAUUGAAUCAUUCAAGCAGGUUGACGGCAGAUACUCAUCCAAGAGGAACAAGAAAUUGGAAUUUAGCAGCAGCAGAGUGUCACCUAUUCCUAGUAGUAGCAGCCAGUGGGGUACUCUUACCAUUUCAAGAUCAUUUAAUCCAGUAUUUGGCUCCUCAAAGAAAUUCUUCUCUGCUUCUGUUCCUGGGUCACGAAUAGUGUCACGUGCAACAUCUCCUAUAUCAAGACGGCCUAGUCCACCACGCUCUACAACUCCGACGCCUACUUUGGGAGGGCUUACUUUGCCUAAAGUAGUUGUAGAUGAUCCUAAAAAGACCAACGAUAACUUGAGCCAAGAGGUCCUUCAGUUAAGAGCGCAGGUGGAAAAUCUCACCCGGAAAUCCCAGCUUCUGGAAGUUGAACUUGAAAGAACUACAAAGCAGCUUAAGGAGGCUGUAGCAAUUGCUGGGGAAGAAACAGCAAAAUGUAAGGCUGCGAAGGAAGUGAUUAAAUCUCUUACUGCCCAGUUGAAAGACAUGGCAGAAAGGCUACCUGUAGGGGCAGUGAAGAACAGCAAGUUAACUGUACCCGGUUUAUACACCAACAAUGGCAGUCCCACUUCAUCUGAGGCUUCUGUCAUGCAUGCUGAAGAAGUAAGCAGCCUAGGAGCUGGUGUUCGUGACACUGAUUCAAAUGGAAACAGUGUGAGUAUGAAUAGGCCACCAAUUGCUAAUGGCCCGGCUCAUAGUAGUGUUAGAAGCAUAAAUCACAACAGAAUGGGCAAUCCAGAUAUUGCAUCAAGGAAUGCUGGCAAGUCAUCGGAAAACCAUGAACACGAGGGUGAAUGGGUUGAGCAAGAUGAACCAGGGGUAUAUAUCACCCUUACUUCAUUGCCUGGAGGUGGCAAGGAUCUCAAGCGAGUUCGCUUCAGCCGGAAGCGAUUUAGUGAGAGACAAGCAGAACAAUGGUGGGCUGAGAACCGAGCAAGAGUAUAUGAACAAUAUAACGUGCGCAUGGUCGAAAAGUCCAGCAUCGGUGUUGGCCACGACGACGCUUCUCAUUGACAUUGUUGUAACCCAUAUGGUUCAUUUGAAUUGAAGCCUCAGUGAACAUGCUAGGGCUUUUCCUUUGGAUGUGCUGCACUGCUUCUAAAUGCAGAGUGCAGCACAGAGAGAGAGAGAGAGAGAGAGAGAGAGAGAGAGAGGGAUUCCUUUUUGCUGGUGUGGAGUAAAUAGCGGGGCGGUCUAGGAUGUAAAUUUUUAGCAAGUGGCUGGCUUUUUUAGUGUUGCAGCCGUGUAAUUGAUGAGCAGUUGCAUCUUGAGGAGUGGAUUGUUAUCUGAGUUUUUAGUUGGGUUGACCACACCCAUCCUUGUACAGGUACAUUUUGUCUCUUUGGUACGAAUAUUGCAAAGUUCUCCAUAAUUCUUUUCAGCAUCAUAGCUUCUUCUGAUUGGUCUUACACUCUAAUUGAUGAUACCUUCUUUUAGUUAAUUGUAAACUGUGCAUAAAAUUUAUUUCCUCUGAAGAAGUCUCCGAGCGUGAGAAUCUCUCUCUAAUUCACUCACAGUUUGUAUCAUUUCAUUAUUCUCUGAAGGCAAAUCUAGUGAUACGGCUGUUGUUGAUUUGCAUGCCAUGCUUUAUUUUCUAUCAGCUCAACAAUAUUAAUGAAAAAUCCAUUCCUACUUUGGACA